GGGGGCGCGCGGCGCCGCUCAGGGGGCGGGCUACACUGCCGGUCCGUCGCCAGUGACCAGCCGGCGGCGGCAGAGGCGACAGGGCCGCCAGGUGCUCCCAGGACAGCAGGGAGGACGGACAGCGAGGACCGCGGAGCUGUCCCCACAGCUCGGACUCGGGCGGUGAAGGUCCGACCGUCGGCGGCUGAAGCACCUGCGUCUCUGCGUAUCAGCGUUACCCAUCGGCAUGGUCUCGGCCGUCGCUCUGUCGGUGCUGGCGCUCACCCUUUGCGCCGCGUCGGCCGCGUCGCUUCAGCCAGCUCAGAGAGCCGAGGGCAUUCUGACAGCGAGGAGUCGUCUGUCCCCUUCGCAAGAUGGCGUAAAGACCACGGUGCUUGAAGAUGCUAGGGUCAUUGCAAACGAGAUCGAAAACGCGGCACUAAAUGUGUACGAACAUCUGGGUCGACAUCUUAUAGAACACAAGGGCAUCCGUGCACGAAGAAGUGCUGAAAAAGCGCCCAAGAGAUUCGGCUUUUCCUUCGGGACUGCCGUCAGUGCAACGAAUGAUGCCAAGAAGCGAGAGGUCGCCUCGGCAAAGACAACCACUACGACAACAAAACGGCCACCUCCGUUCUGGAAACAGCGAACCUCGACAACGCCACGGCCGUCGCCGUUCGCGAAACAGCAAACUACAACAACCACAACAAAACGACCACUUCCGUUUUGGAAACGGACGACUUCAACAACAGCACGGCCAUCGCCGUUUGGCAAACAACAAACCACGACAACGGAGCGACCGGUGCCGUUCUGGAAACGACGAACAUCCACAACGGAACGUCCGACGACGACUACGACCGUCCCAACUACGAGGCGAACCUUUCCAAAGUGGAAGCCUCCCUCCACUUCCGCGAAGCCAAAGACCGAGCCAACUAAAAGGACGGUCUUCAAGUGGAGCCGAGCUUCUCCAAUCAGCAGGCAGUCAACCACCACAAAACGGCCACUGCCAAAGUGGCCACAGCGAACUUCAACUACGAAACGUCCAACAACCACGUCCACGCCGACCACAACCACAUCGAGACCAACCACAACCCGACGAACGACGACAAAACGGCCAACAACACGGAGACUGUUCACCAAACGACCAGCCAUAAGGCGCCUGACAACGACACGGCCAGCAACGCUGACAACCACGCAGCGACCGAGAACAACACGGACCACGACCAAACGUCCUGCCAAGAGACGAACGACAACCCAACGGCCAACGGUAACUACCAAACGGCCAAUAGUAACCACCAGACGACCUACCAAAAGGCGGACGACUACCCAACGGCCAGCGGUGACCACCAAACGGCCAGCGGUAACCACUAAACGGCCCACGCCGACGACGAAGCGUCGGGCGCUGUUCUCUGCCAGGGGCGCGCAGAACACCCGGACGACCCGGCGCCCGUUCCGCUUCACCGUCCGGCCCACCACCGUCUCGCCGCGCACCACGCCGAGGCGGAGGACCCCCUCGGCGCCGAAGAGCGAGUCCGUUCCGGAGGCGGCUGACCCGCUGACCUCGCUGCUGAUGCGGAUCGCCUCGCUGGAGCCGCGCCGCACCGCGCAGGGGUCGCGGCGCACCGUCGGCAGCCCGUCCGUGCUGCUGGCGAUCGCCGCUCUGGCCACCCCGAACGGGCCCGCCGUCCGACUGAAACCCGACCAGAAGGGCUUCCAGCUGAGCCUGAGGCACCCGCCGGAGGGGGCCUGCGCCCCCUGCAUGCCCACCUUCCUGGUGGACCUGGAGAAGUGCCACCCGUGUGUGGUGAUCCGCUGAGGCGGGACGGGGCGCGGGGCGAGUGAAAGGUGCCAAACUGGAGCUGUGUGUGUGUGUGGUUGCUCACAUUGGAGUGGUGUGGUCGUGCGUGUGUGCGCGUGUGCUGCAUUAGCAGGUGCUUUUGAGAUCGACGUUUGUUGGAGAGCAUGGCUUUGUUAAUCCAGUUACCUGGGUCAACUCAGCCAUUUCGCAUUGUAGUUCGUAUUCGCUCUUCUGGGGCAGCGGUAGCAAUUCCUCUAGUGGCUGAUUUUUUUUUUUUUUUGAAACCCCGGUUCUUCCUAACAUUUAGGUUGUUAACCCGGCAAAUGGUCAUUAAACGGUAAAGCUCAAAGAUAUUGCAGCUCAGUUCAUAACAUUUCCGUUCAUUUAUAUGGCAAUUCAUUUGUUUAUUACGACGCUGGUCAAAUUUUAAGACCAACUACUUUGAACGUUAGAAGUUGAAGCAUUGAACGGAGGUGCAAGCAGCCUGACUAAUAUGUAAUAAAUGGUGAAUAACAUGCCU